AUGAACAUGAACCACCUGGGCGAAAUUCUUCACCAGCUUGGCCACGCACUGGGCAUGCUGGACGAACAACGCCGACCCGACGCAACAAGGACUUACCACCUACACGGGCCUCACUUGCAGGUGUUUUGGCAGAAUAUUCCCACCAACUGGAAAGUUGUUUUCCAGCCAAAUGAGGCUGCUUACACGGGUUCCUUGAAUGACGGAGUGGGGGAUGCUUUUGAUGGCUAUGCGCCCUAUGACUUCGAGAGUAUCAUGCACAUCUCCCCGUGGCUCUACGGUAUGCAGGUCUACGAGACACUUCCAGCGAGCAAAAUGGGAUCGGUAGGCCAGCGCAAGAACCCGUCACAGGGAGACAUCCUACAGCUGCUGGAUUCUUACAGGUGCAGACGGCAGGUGUCGACCACUACCACUACCACAACCACCACACAGAUGGCCAGUUCCACCACGACGACCACUUCAACUACAGUUGCGCAACGAUGCAUCCAAAACCCGGAUUGUGCGGUAAAUCCGUGGUGCAACGAUCCGAGCUACCAAGCAUGGUGCCCCUUGCAUCACUCUCCUUGCCCUGCACCUUACUGCAUGUACAGCGGUGGGUGA